AUGUCUACAUCCCUCCUCGCCGGUCGGCAAUUGGCCAAUCUAGCCAGCAAUGUCAAUCGACACUCCUUCAGUACGAGCUCAAGUCUUGCGGCAGCAGCGGAAGUCAAACGACUGGGAGUAGUCGGAGCUGGGCAAAUGGGGCUAGGCAUCGCACUUGUGGCAGCACAGAAGGCGAGAGUGCCAGUGACUUUGGUAGAUACCUCGCAAGCAUCGCUGGACAAAGGGAUGAAAUUUGCAGAGAAGCUUUUGGAGAAGGGUGUGUUCAAAAACCGGAUCUCCCAGUCAGACGCAGAUUCCGCCCGCUCCCUUCUGUCGCCUACUACCAAAAUGGAAGACCUCUCCAAUGUCGACUUCGUAAUCGAGGCUGUGCCUGAGAUACCCUCAUUAAAAACAGAUAUCUUCUCUCAGCUUGCCAAGAUAGCGCCACCGCAUGCCAUCCUCGCGACCAAUACAUCCUCCAUCUCCAUCACCAAAAUAGCCUCUGCAACCACAACACCGGACAAUCCUACAGAUCUCGCCGCCGCGUCUCGGGUAGUUAGCACACACUUUAUGAACCCUGUGCCUAUACUAAAAGGGGUUGAAAUAAUAAGUGGGCUGCAAACAUCUCCUGAGACCCGGGAAACAGCCGUUGAAUUCUGCAAACGCAUGGGCAAGAUCCCGUCACAAUCUGCCGACUCACCGGGCUUCCUUGCCAAUCGCAUACUGAUGCCCUACAUCAACGAAGCAAUUAUUUGUCUCGAGACGGGCGUAGGAAGGAAAGAAGAUAUCGAUAACAUAAUGAAGAACGGGACGAAUGUGCCGAUGGGACCCCUACAGUUGGCUGAUUUUAUCGGCGUUGAUACAUGUUUAGCGAUAAUGAAGGUGCUACAUGAGGAGACAGGAGAUGGGAAGUAUAGGCCCGCAGUGUUGUUACGGAAGAUGGUAGAUGCAGGGUGGGUAGGCAAGAAGUGUGGAAAGGGGUUCUAUGACUAUUGA